AUGUUUCGAUCCAAAUCUCAAGGAUAUGACAAUUUUACAGUUUUUGUACGACAGGGAUGGAGUAGGAGCGAAAGUUUCACAAGAAAUGGAAAGAAUCAUAGGAACAUCAAGUAUGUAGCAAAUUUUUGUGGAGCUAUAGGUAGAGAGGAUGGCUUCCGUGAUGGGGCAAUUCAAAAUCAGUUCCAGUUUGAUCAUUUUAAGAAUGAUUCUAGUAGAGCAAUAUCACACACGCGUAGGGCUUUGAGUCAUGCAGAAUGUGUUACUCGGGAAACAAUGACUUCUUUAUAUUUGUCAAAAUUUCCUAAUAUUCUUCAGAAUAUGAAAUUACGAAAGGAAUUAGAGGCACGUGGAAUUUUAUCUGAUGUUUUUAUCUCUCAAAAUAGAAAUGCAAGGGGUUAA